AUGUUGGGACAUUUCAAGAGCGUGGUUACAGCCUACCUGGCCUUGACAGUCACCGUACAGCCCUCAGUCGCAGCGCCCGGGGCCCAUCCUGACACAGCCCAAGUCCUCAGUCAGGAUGCACUCGAACGAUCCCAAGCCUCUGACUCCAUCAAGUACGGACAGUGCUACCAGAUCAAGAACAAGGAUGGACAAGACCUCGGUCAUCUGCCAGCCGUUCCUGACUGGAACUACCUAGGCUUCGGGUCAAAUGUCAAAGCUGCUCAUUUCAAGGUCUGCCAGAAUCUCGGACACUGCAAAGACCCAAACAGAAGCGGACAGGAGCUCUACACUGGUGCUCGGUUCUGGCUCUUUGAUGUUGCGGGCAACGCCUAUUCUCCACGUGGAGAAUUUGUUGCGGCGAAUUCUCCUCCUUUCCACUCCAACAAGAAUAUGUAUCCCGGUGGCCUCGGAUACCGGUACUAUGUCAAUUUUUGGGUUGAUAAUGACUGCACUGACUCGGACAAUCGUGCAUCUCGUCGCUGCAAUGUCAAGCUGCACAUUGAUAAUUUGCGAGACGACAAGGGCUUGGUUAUUGAAGGGGAUGCAUUGAAGACUACCACAAAUGACAAUUCUAUCAUUGUUUCUUUCCAGGAGGUAGCCUGUCCCGACACGAAGAUUCUGGAGGAACAGAACUAUGACCUUUGA